AUGCCAUCAACGAAGCGCGCCGCGCACUCGGUGCUCGCCGAGCUGAAGCGCGACCUGGCGACCCAGCCGAAGCGGCCUCGAUCCUCCAGCCUCCUGACUGCUCCAGUGAGGAAGGAGCUCAUCCGGAGAAUGCGGGAGGCGUGCGACGAGUUUAGGUCGGGCACGGAUGAGUCUGAUCGGCGCCCGCUGCAGCCAUUCGUGGUGGGCCAUGCCGCAGCCUACCUGGACCGCUACGUCGCCACGCAGGCCUCGCUCUCUAACGUCAACCUGACCGCGGCGGUGUGCCUGCUGCUGGCGACGAAGUUUUGCGACGUUUGCUGCCCGCAGCUCGACGAGCUCUGCGAGCUGUUUGAGGUCGGCGGGCCCAAGGGCUGCGCCAAGCAAACGGUCAAGGCGGCGGAGCGGCACAUCGCCGAAUCCCUUGGGUGGGACAUGAACGUGAUCACGCCGCACGCGCUGCUCCCACCGCUGCUAGAGCUCGUCAGCGCCACCGGGCAGACGCAGAGGAUAGCCGAAGAGAUGAUCCUGGAAUCCUACGAGGCGCACCCGCUCGAGCAUCGCCCUCUCACAGUGGCCGCCGCCUCCAUCAUGGCGACGUGGCACUUUCUCAGCGACCUCGAGGCGGAGACGUGCCAUACUGAAGAACUGGCGCGACUUUGCGACGUCGACCUGGCGCGCGCACGCCCUCCUGCUGCCCACUACAGCACAGACGGCCGUGGCGACAUGCUCUCCCACCUAGCCGCCCUCUUACUGACUUGCGCCCGUAUCUCCUCUGCUGGCGCCAUGUGCCUGUCGCCGGCGCUGCAGAGCGGCGAGGACAUCGUCAGCCACCAGCUCGAGCUGCAGUCGAUCUUGCACGGUGUGCACCAGCGCUACGCCGGCCGCCAAGGGCGGUACAACAAGCACGACACGGCGCGGCUCCGCUACAUCAAAAACACCGCCUUCCCGGGCCUGCGCUUCGGCAAGAUGGUGCCGGAGCGAGACAUGGCGAUGCUCAGCCCUCUCCCACCGUCGCGGAUCGCCCGUCACCUCGCCUCUCCGCAGGGUCAUCUCUCGCGCCGUCUGCAUCUCUCUGCCGGUCGCCAGCACCCGCCACCGACUGGCUGCACCGCCACUCGCGACGCGCCACCCUCGCUCACCAGCCUGCAUACGCGCUACUCCCGCCGUGCCUUUGCUGCCACAUGGAUCGCAUGUCACUGCAAACGCGCCCGCAGCCGCGCCGUAAAGGUCUGCCUUGCUGGCUGA